AGUGGACCUGCAGUGAUGUCGGAGAAGAAGUUGGACACUCGUCCCAAAACCCUGCGCAGCUGGAGCGUGGACAGCUACAUCCGCAGUGUUAAGAAGCGCUCCCGCUCCGCCCGUGAGGCGUCUGUGAGAGCGGAGGAGGGCGAGGGUUUGGAGGACCACCAGAGCGUCCGCUCGGCCUCGUGCCCCCGCCGGCGGCGGGACAGAAAGUGCAGCUGUUCGGCUUUAGGAGACGCGGAAGUGGACGGCAGCAGAAAGGCCUUAUCUCGUAGAUCUUUGAGACAGAAGUUCCAGGAUGCGGUUGGACAGUGCCUUCCGAUACGCAGCCACCAUCACCACUACCAUCAUCAUCACCAUCACCACCAGUCUGGCUCCUCAAGGCCAUUCUCAGUGCUGCUCUGGUCCAAGCGGAAGAUCCACGUCUCGGAGCUUUUAGAAGAUAAGUGCCCUUUUUCGCCCAAAUCUGAGCUCGCCCAGUGCUGGCAUCUGAUCAAGAAGCAUCAAAGCAAUGCAUCAUUAGCCAUAGAGGCCGCUCCUCCAGCUUUUAUCUCCUGGGAGGAGGUCAGUUCCUCCGGAGCUUCCAGCCUGGACGACUGGGACCCGUCUUUUACUAAUGGUACGCCCCAAUGCUGCGCCCACACCGACUACAUCCUGGUGCCUGACCUGCUCCAGAUCAACAACAGCCCGUGCUACUGGGGCGUGCUGGACCGCUUCGAGGCCGAGCAGCUUCUCGAAGGUCAGCCUGAGGGGACAUUCCUGCUGAGGGACUCCGCCCAGGAUGAGUAUCUGUUCUCGGUCAGCUUCAGGCGCUACAGCCGCUCCCUGCAUGCCCGAAUAGAGCAGAGUGGAAAGCGCUUCAGCUUUGACGGCCGGGACCCCUGCAUGUACAGGGACGCCAGCGUGACGGGGCUGCUGAAGCACUACAGCGACCCGGCCGCAUGCCUCUUCUUCGAGCCCCUCCUGUCCCGCCCGCUGCCCAGGAACUUCCCCUUUUCACUGCAGCACUUGUGUCGCGCCCUAAUCUGCAGUUGUACCACCUACCAGGGUAUAAAUGCUCUACCGCUGCCUCAGGCACUCAGGGACUAUCUCAGACAGUACCACUUCAGAUGCGACGGGGCUUGUGCCGUGUGA